GGCCCGGGCGGAGGCGCGCGCGCGCCCUGACAGCUCGUCCCCGGCUUCCCAGCACAGCAUGGCGGUCAAGGUGCAUACAACCAAGCGAGGUGAUCCUCAUGAGCUGAGGAACAUAUUUCUACAGUAUGCCAGUACGGAGGUGGAUGGAGAACAUUACAUGACCCCAGAAGACUUUGUCCAGCGCUAUCUGGGCCUAUACAAUGAUCCCAACAGCAAUCCAAAGAUUGUGCAGCUCUUGGCGGGAGUAGCUGAUCAAACCAAGGAUGGGUUGAUCUCCUAUCAAGAGUUUUUGGCAUUUGAAUCUGUUUUAUGUGCUCCAGAUUCCAUGUUCAUAGUGGCUUUCCAAUUGUUUGACAAGAGUGGAAAUGGAGAGGUGACAUUUGAAAAUGUCAAGGAAAUUUUUGGACAGACUAUUAUUCACCAUCAUAUCCCUUUUAACUGGGACUGUGAGUUCAUCCGACUGCACUUUGGACACAACCGGAAGAAACACCUGAACUACACGGAGUUCACACAGUUUCUCCAGGAGCUGCAACUGGAACAUGCAAGGCAAGCCUUCGCACUGAAAGACAAAAGCAAGAGUGGCAUGAUUUCAGGUCUGGAUUUCAGUGACAUCAUGGUCACCAUCCGGUCCCACAUGCUCACUCCUUUUGUGGAGGAGAACUUAGUUUCUGCUGCGGGAGGAAGUAUCUCACACCAAGUUAGCUUCUCCUACUUCAAUGCGUUUAACUCCUUACUGAACAACAUGGAACUUGUUCGGAAGAUAUAUAGCACAUUAGCUGGCACAAGGAAAGACAUUGAAGUCACGAAGGAGGAAUUUGCCCAGAAUGCCAUCCGCUAUGGACAAGUUACUCCACUAGAAAUUGAUAUCCUGUACCAGCUUGCAGACUUAUAUAAUGCUUCAGGGCGCUUGACUCUGGCAGAUAUUGAGAGGAUAGCUCCGCUGGCCGAGGGGGCCUUACCUUACAACCUGGCAGAGCUUCAGAGACAGCAGUCUCCUGGCUUGGGCAGGCCUGUCUGGCUCCAGAUUGCUGAGUCUGCUUAUAGGUUCACUCUGGGCUCAGUUGCUGGAGCUGUGGGAGCCACUGCAGUGUAUCCCAUAGAUCUGGUGAAGACCCGGAUGCAAAACCAGCGUGGUACUGGCUCUGUGGUUGGGGAGCUGAUGUACAAAAACAGCUUUGACUGUUUUAAGAAAGUCUUGCGAUAUGAGGGCUUCUUUGGACUCUACCGAGGUCUGAUACCACAACUUAUAGGAGUUGCUCCAGAAAAGGCCAUUAAAUUGACUGUUAAUGAUUUUGUCCGGGACAAAUUUACCAGAAGAGAUGGCUCCAUUCCACUGCCAGCAGAAAUCCUUGCUGGAGGCUGUGCUGGAGGCUCGCAGGUCAUCUUCACCAACCCACUAGAGAUUGUGAAGAUUCGCCUGCAGGUAGCAGGAGAGAUCACCACAGGGCCCAGAGUCAGCGCCCUGAAUGUACUCCGGGACUUAGGACUUUUUGGGCUGUACAAGGGCGCCAAAGCGUGUUUCCUCCGAGACAUUCCCUUCUCUGCCAUCUAUUUUCCUGUGUACGCUCACUGCAAACUCCUUCUGGCUGAUGAAAACGGACACGUGGGAGGUAUCAAUCUCCUGACAGCCGGAGCCAUGGCAGGUGUGCCUGCUGCUUCUCUGGUGACCCCUGCUGAUGUCAUCAAGACAAGGCUGCAAGUGGCUGCACGGGCUGGCCAGACAACAUACAGUGGUGUCAUUGACUGUUUCAGAAAGAUACUCCGGGAAGAGGGGCCCUCAGCAUUUUGGAAAGGGACUGCAGCUCGAGUAUUCCGAUCAUCUCCUCAAUUUGGUGUUACUCUGGUCACUUAUGAACUUCUCCAACGGUGGUUUUACAUUGAUUUUGGAGGCCUCAAACCUUCGGGUUCAGAACCGACACCAAAGUCACGCAUUGCAGACCUGCCUCCUGCCAAUCCUGAUCACAUUGGUGGAUACAGACUUGCCACAGCCACUUUCGCUGGCAUCGAAAACAAGUUCGGCCUGUAUCUCCCCAAAUUUAAGUCUCCUACCGUAGCUGUGGUUCAGCCCAAGGCAGCAGUGGCAGUAGCUCAGUGACCGAGGUGCAGGAGAGCAGCCCGGUACUGUGUCCAGUCAGCUGCAUGGUGCUGACUGCGCUGGGGUCAACCACUUUCUGUAUGACAUACAUGUAUUGUUUAUAAAGUGAUCAUUUGCCCAGGGAGAACCACAGUGCAGUUUCAAGCUUUAGUCUUACUCGUCGAAAUGUUUUCUGAGCCUUGGCAUGAAUUAAGUGUUCUAGACUCUGCUUUGCACAGCUUGUACCUACAGUGACUGUACAUAUUGUACAUCUUUGUACAGAGACACCUUGGCACCUCAUCCCAACAAAUCACAUUUAUAGAAAUAGAGUGCAGUUCUGAGUGGCUUGAAAUGUACAGAAUGUUUUAAGUGUUUUAUUAAGAAUCAAGUAAGAAUAAAUGUACUAAAAUUAAAUUCUUUUCUUAUUGGUGACUUAUGGAAGAAAUGCAUCAAUGUUGGGUGUAUCCCAUUUCGUUCUGUGUUCUGUUCUGGAAUACAAGAUAUUUGCUGAUAAAAGGCAUAGAGAGACCUAAUGCCCACACCAUUGAGGAAGAGAUGCUUUGAACAGGUGCAUGCCUGCGGAUGCCGGAGGACCAGCCAGUGACUUGCGUGUGCUGCUCUGUUUCCAUUUGUAUUUAACCAUGUUCGAUCCUCCUCCUAUUAAUCAGGAGCUCCCUGUCUUCGCACGUGUAAGGAAACAGUGGGCUCCGGCACUGCUCGCUUAGUUUUGCUUUCCUCCUAUGAGGCGAGGAAGGCCAAGAUGUUGAAAGAGUAAAGGAUACUUUGGAAGUUUCCCUUCAUAUGGUAUGAUUCCAAUCAAAAAUAAAAGCACACCAAAAUGUA